CUAAGUCAACAAGUGACAAUUUGCAAACGGCUGAUUGCAGAUUUCACUUGAAAAUUCUGGAAUUAAUCCGUUUAAACUCCUUGAUAAUUACUUAAAAAUAACAGUCUAUCCAUCAGCGGCUUACAGCACUAAGCCACGAUGCCGCAGGCUCGGCGCAAGACUCCCUUCAGUGGGAAAGCUAAGAAACAGCAGCUGCAGUCCAAGAAACAGAACAAGACACUAUUGAUGUCCACAUCGUCCGGAACGACCUCAUACGACGUGGUGUCAGUGAAUUACCAGCCGACUCGAGCCCGCGGCGGCCGCGACACCAACAGAUACGCUCUCAAGUUCUACCGGGAGACAGAGGAGGAACUCAAGAUUAAGAAGGAAGAGGCUCUAAAAGAACUUAAUCCAGUACCAGAGAAGGACUUGGAAGUGAACCCUGUGGACUACUUCCCGGCAGACGUGUCGUUCCCGAAGCGACCGCCGUGGGACUUCAACAUGACGCCGGCGCAGCUGGACGCGCAGGAACAGAGGUAUUUCAAGAACUACAUAGACGGCCUGCAGGCGUCAGACCACUGGCGUCAGAUGUCGUACUUCGAGCUGAACCUUGAGACGUGGCGCCAGCUGUGGCGCGUGUUAGAGAUGUGCGAUAUACUACUGCUCAUUGUCGACGUCAGAUACGCUGGCAUGAUGUUCCCCCCCUCCCUGUACACAUACAUCCAAGACCAGAAGAAGGACAUGAUCCUGGUCCUGAACAAGAUAGACCUGGUUCCAUCAUCAGUAGUAUGUGCGUGGAAGCAGUACCUCACUACUGCGUACCCUGCGUUACGAGUGCUUUACUUCACGUCGUGUCCUGCCUACAAUCUGCGCGGCGCUACUAGCGAUAAGGCAGGUCUCCAAGUAAGGCGCCGCAAGGGUAAGCAACGUAUGUGCGCAGAAGGAGCCACGAAGAUCCUCGAAGCGUGCAAGGAGAUAGUCAAGGGAGAAGUGGAUCUCUCUUCUUGGGAGAAGAAGAUCAAAGAAGAGACUGAUGUAGAGUUUGAUUAUGAUGAAGGCGCUCAGAUUGGAGAGACAAUAUUAGAGAAGGCAGACACAUCCUACUACACGCACGAGCGCUACAAGUCCGGCGUCCUGUCCAUAGGCUGCGUGGGCCAGCCCAACGUGGGCAAGUCGUCUCUACUGAACGCGCUGAUGGGACGCUGCGUCGUCUCCGUCUCCAAGACUCCGGGACACACCAAGCACUUCCAGACUAUCUACUUGACGCCUCAGGUCCGGUUAUGCGAUUGUCCCGGUCUCGUGUUCCCAUCGACCGUACCGCGGCCGAUACAAAUACUUAUGGGGUCCUACCCCAUAGCGCAGCUGCGGGAGCCAUACACUACCAUCAGGUAUUUAGCAGAGAGACUGGACAUGCCGAAGCUGCUUCGCAUCGAGCACCCGGAAGGCGACGACACCUGGUCUCCUCGCGACAUAUGCGAUGGCUGGGCCAAGAAGAAGGGGUACCUCACUGCUAAGGCUGCCAGGUUAGACACGUAUAGAGCGGCGAACAGUCUGCUUCGGAUGGCUCUCGACGGCAGAAUCUGCUUGUGGCUGCGGCCGCCAGGAUUUGCCGAGAAUCGAGAAAAAUAUGAGACGUGCGAAGAAAUGAAGUAUGUGAGAUGGGUGCAGGCGCUAACGUCGGAUCAGGAAGAACAGAAAUCGGACGUGCUAUCAUCAGAGUCCGAUGACGAUCGGCAUUCUGAUGACUCUGAUGCUGAUGAUGACAGUACCGAUGACGAUCAGACGGCUGCUAUAGCUAAUAAAUUCGCUGCUUUAGCUGGUGAUGACUAAAUAGCAUAAAAUAAAUAAUAAAUGUUAUUUAUUUCUGCAAGUAGGUUAUAAAAUAACACUUUUACACGUCAAUAUUUCAAAUAGCUAGAUGAGGCCGGCAUUUCCUAUCCGACUACUCUGAGAAGAAAUGCCGAAACAAACUCAGAGGUCUCUUUUAAAGUCCAGACAAUGAAAUAGAGGAUAAUGUGAGAGAACCGUGCAAGUUGAUUCUGUAGUGGUCUUUAGAGGAAAGAACCACAACAGUAUGAGCGGACCUGUUCAGAUGGCAGCACGCAUGUGUCAGUUUACAAUCAGCUCAGCUACGGCUGUUGCUGAAUGAUCCGACGAACAAUACCAACCAAAAGAACAUUUGGGUAGGUCUCGUAAAUGCUCACACUGUCAGAAUAUAAUUAACUAAAAGUGAAAUGACUAGGCAAACUCUCGCACGGUCCUCAAACUAAUAAUAAUUAUUGUAUAACAGCUCCUAUUGACCGUAGCGUGAUGUUUUAGCCUAUAGCCUUCCUCGAUAAAUGAGCUAUCCAACACAAAAAGAAUUAUUCAAAUAGGACCAGUAGUUCCGGAGAUUAGCGCGUGGAAAUGUAACAAUCAAACUUGCAUUUAACUAAAAAUCACGGUUUACUCGGGACUCUUCAUCAUGAGCAGAAGCGGCCACGUCGCGCAGCCUUCUGAUGCUGUAGAAGUCCCUCUGUGACUCGAAACUAGUAGAGCUUUUCUCUAUUAAAGUAUGUGAGUAAACCGUGAUUUUUAGUUAAUUUACUAUGUCUCACGAUAGUUAUUACAAAACUUGCAUUUAUUAUUUUAUACUACCUAACUUAAUAAAUAAAAUGUCGAUCGAUCGGAAUUGGAUUCAAGAGUAAGCCCCCAAGCUUAUAAUUUCUAAUUAUAAGUUUGAAAUCGCCAACCCGCAUUGAGCAAGCGUGGUGAUUAAUGCUCAAACCUUCUCCGUGUGAGAAGAGGCCUUUGGUUAGCAGUGGACACUUAUAGGCUGUUGAUGAUACAAUUAAAUUUUUAUAUAAUGCAGCUUUGCCUACCCCUUUAAGGAUUAUAAGGCGUGAUGUUAUUUAAUUAUUGUCUCUUUUACGCUUGAAACGCUUUUAUUGUUAGUUUAUUAUAUAUUGACAGCCAAAUUCAAUAACCUAUAUGCCAACGGCUUCGCCCGCAUUUCAUGGGAUGAAAAAUAUGUUGGGGGGGGGAUGAUCAUCCAAUUACUUCUCCCGCCUUGGGUGAGGCGGGAGGGAGUGACAGACUCUUACUGACUAAAAACCACCCCGUUCCUUCUGCUUUGAGCCGGAGCCUCGGUAACCUUUAAAAAUAUGCUUAGGCUGCUUUUCCUUAAUCUGAAGCUGCGGACUACCUAGCGGGUUUACCGGGGCUCCGGCUCGACAAGCAGGAGUAGGAACGGGGUGGUUUUUGGUCAGAAAGAGUCUGUCACUCUCUCUCGCCUUGCCCUGGCGAGAGAAAUAAUAGGAUGAUUUUCCCCUCUAAAAAAAAAGGUGCUUUUCCGCCAGACAUGUGCUAUGCUACGUUACUGUGGAUGCAGUUAGCUUCCACCAAUCAUAUUCGUUGGUACAUAUUAUAGCUUAACACUGGUGGAAACAGGCCUAGCUACGCUAUGUUUUUUUAUACGGAAAGAUGCGAGCUAUAGAUACGUGUUAUGGAUGGCUUCCCUACUAUCGAUACAUCGCAUACUCGAGUUGCACAUCUUCCUCACACAUUUACAAACUUUGAAACAACUUUGUAUGACAGAUAGGUUGUUGAAAUUGGCUGUUCAUGUUAUUUUUAAACGUUUUUAGGUGUAUACAAUUUACUAUAUUAUUAUAUUAAUUCAUUAAUAAAUAAUUUAUUUUUUA